CUGCGUAAGAGAAAGUGAAAGCAUGAAAGUGAAACUAGUGCGAGCUGUUUGUGUCGGAGGAGCAGACACAGACUGAGCUCUGCUGCUUCCUUUUCCUCCUUUUCUUCAAAACAAAUCCACUCUGCAAACUCAGAAAAGAUAAAAAAGGACUGUUUUUGGAUUCGUCUUUCUUUGGGGGAAAAGCAGACUUUCUUCUGUCCUGCCUCCUCCCUCCUCUCAGCACCAUGCCGGACACUAAUCUCUGCUUGGAGGCCCUGUCGGCUCUCUCCGGCUGCAAUGUCGAACAGACCAGCAGCCCCUCCCAGCUCACCCCGCAGGAUUUCGUCAACAUUGUGGCCCUGAAGGAGUUUUAUAAGCAGGAGGGGUUCAAGGAGCUGGAGUACCCCAGUUUAGGCACUCUGUCCCUGCAGGACUUGGACGAACAGGACAUGUACAGCUCCCCUCUGGCACUGACUGAGGGCCCUGGGCCGGAAGAGAGCCUCAAGACCACAGUGAAGAUCAACCCUCAGGACUUCUUCCAUCCUCAGUACAAUUACGACUUCACCAACAUCAAGGAUGGCAACACCAACUUCCUCCGUGGUAAUGAGCAGUACUUUCGCCCCUGUGGGUGGAACCGUGUCGCCUUACGAGUCAUGCAGAAGUAUGAUGGUGGCGACCACUGGCUCGGGACGGGUAAGGACGCCUGGCCUGUCUCCUACCACGGGCAAAACAUGGACGGCUCCCUGGGCAUCAUCGUGACCCACAAAGGGUGCCCUGACAGCGAGCUUCUGGAUGCUGCUGCCGCCUCUCUGGUCACCGGGGAGACGAGAGGUAGAGGGGUGUACUCCACACCAGACAUCAAGAUGGCGGAGAAGUACUGCAAGAGGUUCAAGUCCAAAGUGGAUGGGAAUACGUACCAGGUGCUUCUUCAGAACCGCAUCAACCCAGAGGAGAGGAAGGAGUGCCAGAGAGAAAACGUCUGGGUGGUCUACAUCCCUGAAGGCCGCAAUGACGUCCAGACGAGGGCCAUCGUGCAGAAGUCCAUCCGUCCCUACGGGCUGCUGCUGAAGAAAGUGUGAACCGAACCCAGAGGAUACUUACAAAACCAUAUCGACUUCAGGGCAAGAAUGGGAUGUUUUCUUGAAUAUCAACAAAAAACCUCAAAAAAAUGAUUUCACACUUCUCCACUGACAUCCUGUAGGUUUUUUAGGGGCUGUAGGAAUAAACCAGGCUUUAUACUGAUGCCUUUUUUCUUACAUUCUAUCAAAAAUAAUGCUGAUUUUCACCUCAAAUGACUUUUUACCACAACAAAGCAAGAUGCAGCAUUAAAGCAAAUCAAACAGGUCCAUUUGUGUCUGAGGGCCUCUGCAUCUGAGAGGCUGAUAUAUGCUGCCAUCUAGUGGUAUAUAGUGAUAUUUUCUCUUUUUUUGAAGUAAACAAAUAGUUUUUGCUGAUUUCUCUUGUUAAAAACUUUAUGCCAAACAAAGUGGUGAACAUGUGGAGAGCACACAGGCAGAGAUCUGGAGAUGGACCUGGUUACUGAAGUACUUCCAUAAACAGAGUUUAUUUUUACCCUCAAUAGGUUAGAAUCUGAUAUUUGUUGGACAAAGAGCCAAUUAUACAACAGUCUUAUUCCUCGUCUUUGCAAACCUGUGAAAAUGAAGUCUACUUUUCCUUCAAUGAGACUUUUCCGUCUGCCUCCUAUUGUAUACAAUAUAUUCUAAUUUCAUCAAUUCA